AUGUCCAACUCCACCAUAUCGCUUCUUCACUCGGGCAAACUCCCCUUUUCCAAUGACCGGCAGUCGAUACUCACGUGGUGCCCGCUGCUCAAUCUCCUUCUCAAAACCAUGAACCGCACGUCGGUAUGGUGCUAUCGCAUCGACGGAGAGCGAUUGUACUCCAUCAACAACAAGACCACGAUCUUGGACAUUGUGUUCCAUGAGCACUUUUGCUGCAUUUCAGGGGCUGAUCACAGUGUGCGGAUCUACGAUGUCAAUGAUGGCACGUUGGUCAAGAGUAUAGAGAACGGGUUUCAGGAUGUGGGGUUGAUCAAUUGGAAUAGCACGCCGUUUGAAAUGGAUGACGUUGUGUUGAGAAACUUGCCCCAGAUAUGGGACUUGGAGUACACUUUGGAGUAUUUGGCCAUUAGUGAUACUCGUGGCGGUAUCAGUUUCAAUUUCAACAAGGUUGUUAGUGUGCGGAAGGAGACACAGCACAAGAUGACACGACAGUUGAAAUCGGACUUGUUUAGUCAAGUCUACUUGGAUCAAGAGCUGAAUUUAGUCAGCGUUGAAUUUAAUGUCUCAUCGACUAGAUUGUACGUUGAUCUGAUUGUCAUCUUGUGCCACGUGUUUGCAAUCUUUGAGAGGAUCAAGUUGGAAGUUGGCAAACUUGGCGAAGAGGAGAUUAAACCCUUUUUCACCUUGCUCGAUCGAUAUUUGGCUAAUUUUGACGAACAAACGGGAGGCAAGGCGGAAAAGACCUUGUGCGAAGUGUUGACUACGCAUCUAAUUUGCAAUUCGACAAAGGAUUUCUGGGUGAACCAAUUGGGCGAGCGUGGGUAUAAACGACUCAUGAAACUCCACGAGACGAUGCGGGAUAGCGCCGUUAAGCGGAUUUACAGGUACCUCAUCUCGCCCAUGGAACGGGUGAUUGCCUUGUUGAACAAGUUGGUUGGAAUAUGCAAGUGGAGCAAUGUGUUGGGGUUGGAUAUCGAGUAUCUCGAACUUGUCUUGGAGGAAAGCACGGCCCGUUUCAAGAACUACUACCAGGUGCUCUUUGACUUGAAAGCUCACUUGGAGAAUUUCGAUGAGUUUUUGGUGUGGUUGAAAACUUUGCUUGAUACUUUGGAAGAAAAAGAGUGGAGCAUGAAUUACUCGCCCACGAAUAUUCUCACCUAUAUACUCAAGGAUAUGUCGAAACCUAAACUACUCACGCAUUUUGAUAUUGAUUUGGAUUUCAUUUCAUCUAGAAAAAGCAGUGGUGGUGGUGGUGGUACUAGCAGUAGCAUUAGCUUAUCCGAUUCACACCAGCAACUUUGCAACAUGUUUAGCAAAGUCCUUUCCCAAGUCAACCAUACGCAUAAAACUUCCAUCAUCUCAAUUCGACCUUUGCAGAAGCUAGAUCUACCGAGCCACACCAACCUUCAAUCAUCCGAAUGGGAGGGCCAAACCGUCAUUACGUACUUGAACGAAGCAUCGUCGUUGAUCAUAUCAACGCCCAUCUCCAUCCUCGCAACGAUUCCAAACAUCAUCACCUAUGAACACCGGAGUAAUGACCUAGUGGCACUAACCCAGGACCAGAUUCUAAUCAUCAACUCGUCGUCUUCAAUCCUGAUCACGUUACCAACCUUGCAGUUUAAACCAAGAUUGAUCAAGUUGAACUCAUCCUACAUAUGUCUCGCCGAUGAGAUGAAGGUCAACUAUGCCAUUUUCCAAAUUAGCUGA